AAGACCCUCCUACAUGCAUUUGCACUCCAAUCUGCAAGCUGUGGUGUAAUGACAAAUCGGAAGGGAGUCAGCUGUGUGAGAUGUAAAGGAAACAGUGACCUUCUUGGCUGCUUUUCCCAAAACCAAAAGAAUUUUGCAGAAGGAAAACAGGGCUGGCAGUUGGUGCUUGUUUCUUCAAGGUUUUUUGUUCUGGAUCCAAAGAUGACAAGAAGCAACUGUUAAAAUAAGGAGCAUUAAAAGGCUUAAAAAUGGCAAGUGAUCAAUCAAAGUGCUUUCACUGCCAGGAUUCACUUUGUGGAAAACGAUAUGUCAUGAAAGAAGAAAACACUGUCUGUGUGAAAUGCUAUGACAGCCUGUUUGCUAACUUUUGUGAAAAAUGUCGAAAAGCCAUUGAAUGUGACUCCAAGGAUCUUGCUUAUAAAGGCUGCCAUUGGCACGAAACAUGCUUCAAGUGCGCCCAAUGCCAUCACUCCCUGGUUGAGAAGCCUUUUGCAGCUAAAGACGAGCGCCUGCUGUGUACAACUUGUUAUUCUAAUGAAUAUUCAUCUAAGUGCUUUCACUGCAAGAGGACUAUUAUGCCUGGUUCUCGUAAAAUGGAAUUUAAAGGCAAUUGUUGGCAUGAAGCUUGCUUUGUUUGCCAGUACUGCCGGCAACCACUAGGAACGAAACCUCUGAUCACCAAGGAUGAUGACAAUUACUGUGUACCCUGUUAUGAGAAGCAGUUUGCACAGCAUUGCUACUCCUGCAAAAAGGCGGUCACCAACGGUGGGGUGACUUACCAUGACCAGCCAUGGCAUAAGGAAUGUUUUCUAUGUACUGGAUGUAAGAAGCAACUUGCAGAACAUCGAUUCAUUUCCGAAGAUGAACAUCCUUACUGCCUGGAGUGCUUCAAAAGACAUUUUGCAAAGAAAUGUGUGGCCUGCACUGAACCCAUUACUGCUCUUGAAGGGGGGAAUUUCAUCUCCUUUGAAGAUCGCCAGUGGCACAGCGAUUGCUUCAAGUGCAGCAAGUGCGCCUGCCCCCUGGUGGGAAAGGGCUUCCUCACCCAGCAAGAUAAAGUCCUCUGCUGCAAUUGUGGGUCUCCUACAUGACUCAGGAGCUCUCCAAGGAUGCUCGUCCCUUCCCCUGCAUCGUUUUAACCAUGCACGCAAUUGCUCACCAGUCAGAAAAAGCCUUCUAGCAAGAAUCGUAGUUUACAGGGCCACACACACACACACACACCAGCAUUCAGUAUAGCUAUUUUCCAUAACAGGACCCUAGUUUAAAAGAAAUCAUUUCGAACAUACAAGAGUCAGAAAAAGUUUGUGGUCAGUGUGUUUUUCUUGUAGUAGAGUGCACUCUGCUGUUAGGAAUCUGAGCCUGUACAUGACGGUGCUCAAAUUCUCAGUGAAAUAAGUUUUUAUAUAAUAGCUGUGUUGCAGGGGAGGGGGAAAAAAACCCUUAAAAUUUUCCAACAGUACAAUAUUUUUCAUUGUGUAACACAUACCUGUAAAAGAAUAUGCUGGCAGGCAGGUAGGAUUUGACGGUUUGUUUUUGUUGGCUUGCUUAAUUUAGAAAAACUAAAAAGAGAGGGCUUGUCAGAUGCUAUAUUUUUUCUAUCCUGCUCUAUGGAGUAGAGAGUUGGUCUCUGACAGAAGGCCACCUGAAGAGACUAGAAGCAUUUGAAAUGUGGAUUUACAGGCGGCUGUUAU